AGCACAUGAUGCAUACAUUCAUGUAAGCUACACAUUUGAGACAUUUAUAAGAUCACUGCAGAUCUGUAUGUCACUGAAAACUAUUCAAGACCACGGGAUUUUUGAACACUACUGUCAUGUGUCCAACAAACUUUUUAGCAACGCCUGCGGGAGCGCUCGUCACGCAAAAACAGCGUCUGCGUAGGAGGUUAGCGUUAAACCUGAUUAAAUGUUUCUUUCCCCACUGUCUUCUCACCAACUUCUCCUGUAGAAAGAUAAAAUAUCAAGUGUUCAACAGAGUAAAGAACAAAUGAAGUACGCUAUUCUUUGUAUGGUAGGAAUGCACUAUUUCAGGACGUACCCUUGAUUCGGACAUCUUGGAGGUACCUUAUUCAGGUGUGUAUUUGAGACCGGGGGAUUCUGGGCCUUGAUAUUUGCAUUGCAAAAGAUGCAGGACAAGCGAGUGUACCUGUCCCAGGAAAUGUCAGCUGAGCAAGUCGUAGCUCAAAUAAAUAACUGGGACGCAGUAUAUAGUGGUACAACUCUGAGGUCAGCUUUACGAAGACUUUUGCCGAGAGCGAUGCUCGCAAACCAUUCCGGAAGCAUAAACAGUGAUGAGAACGUCAGGGGUCGUUUGAAUGAGCUGGAAGACACGGCAACGAGUUCCAGGUCUUCUUUUGCAGAUAUCUUUGACAGUACAAGCAUUGAGAUUAGGGAUCAGGACUUUCAUGAAAAAGGAGAUUUCAAUGAAACAACAAAUCUGCUGCUGACGUGUAAACGUCAGGUUAUUUAUCCAUAUUUUUACAUGCUCUCAUUGGUAUCCUGGAGACCAUUCCACAUUCAGUCUUACCAUUAUCAAGGAUGUUCUGUACGAAAAAUCCUCAACAUUUUGUACACGCUGUUUAUAUUUCUGCUGAUUAUUUUUAGUUAUGCAUCAAGUAUUAUAGCAUGCCAAGCAAGGCUGGAGAUCAAAUCUGAGUCUACUUUAGCUCCAACAGUAACGAUAAAGCCUACAAAAGUACAACCAACGACACACAGGAACAUCAGCACAACACCUAAAACAAAUCAUUCAAAUGUAACUACAGCAGCUACACCUACUCAUACCAUGGAACAGUACAAAAUUAUUAACAGCAACAAUUCUGAAGUUUUCACCACCUCUAGUAAUGCAUCAAACUGGAAUAAUCUUACUUCAAGUGUUGUUCCUUCAACAUUGGGAAGCAAGACAGGAACUCCUGAAGUUAUUUCAUUUGUGACCAUUCUUACUCUGGCCAAGGCUGGACCAAUUUGGAAACCUGCUGUGACUGAGUGUACCCAUAUAGUUAGCACGUAUGUGGUGCCAGAUCUUCUUCACUUCAUGGCAUUUUUGCUUGGGUUUUACAUGUUUAGAAUCCAGGAAAAUGAAGGUCUCCAUGCACUGAUAGAAAAGGUUUUCUUGCUUAGUUCAGUACCCAAAAAGAUUGUCUCAAGGUUGCGGUUCUUUCUGUUUGGAGGCAUUGUUAUGGCAAUUCUUGGUGUUGGUAAUUUUAUACUCUUCUGUUUUGCCUUCUCUUUGGCCUCAGUAACAGGAUUUAGAUACAACCCAAGUGCCCAGUGGGCAGUAGUUUGUCUGAUGGUGUUGGGUCAAAUUGUGGAGCUAUGUGUCAGUGUUGUGACCAUUGUCAACUAUUGUGCACAAUGUGAACUGCUGAUAUUCUAUCUUCGAGAAAUUGGCUUGAGAAUGGAGGAAAAAACUAAAGAUUUGAGCAUUAUAAUGAAGGAUGUUCUUGAGGUAAAGAAAAACCUCUCUAGGGUGAAUGGACUUAUCUCUGUGAUUGCAACUCUGGUUGUGUUCAACUACUUUGAACUUGCUGUGAUAGGAGUCCUUAACUUGGCUCUGGAACUUUCCCACGUAGAAUGUAAAACUCAGCUGAUGUAUAGAGUGUUUGCUCCAUUGAUCUAUUUCACAUUGGUUAUUUUCCCUAUUACCAUAGCCGCACGCUUGACAGCUGCUGCACGUCAUUUCAAACAGAGAAGUCUUCAGACCAGAGUAUUUGGAUAUCCUUCUGCCUCACAACUCGACCUUGAUUCAUUUGUUUUGUUUACUCACAGUGCAGAUAUGAAGGCCAAACUGUUGUUUAUGCCAGUUCAAGGCUCCUUUCUGUCUGGUGUUGUUGCACUGCUUGUGUUUGUGCUACUUCUGAUGCUCCAAUCAGGUGUUAUAGCUGGCAGCAAUAUGUACCUAUAAGAAUAUGCCUCUGGUAACCCGUGGGAAUGCAAGAGAGUACUUACAGGUACUACAGAGAAAUAUAAGACAUAAUCCAAUUACCCAGGACUAAUGGUAUUUUUCUUGCUGUCUCUGGUCCAUUUGGCAAGCACCAUUUAAUUCCUUUUCUUGUCCUAAUAUGCAUGCUAGGAAGUUCUUUACUUUGUGCUAAAAUAUGAUUGUGUAGCAAAUAUAUAAAAAAUUUUAUCACAACAAGUAUAAAAGUAUGGCUUUGCUAUUGUUCUAAGACAUAUCUAAAGGUGUAUCUUAAGGAUCGCUAGCAAAAUAAACCACUUACAUGUACGAAUCUUUUCGGUCUUUUCAGGAAUAUCUUAAUAUGUAAUUUUGUCUGUUAAACACAUACAUUCAAGAAUUUAAACAAACUUCUCUUAGCAUAAAGAAUUGUGAAAAGAAAUAAUCGUGGCAUUGUAAUAGCUGCUAUAUUAGUGGUUAGACUUUUUUGGUUCACUAUAAAUGGUAUCCUAUUUUGUGAAGAAUUUUUUUGUAAUCAAAUCAGCUAAAAAAAUAGUAUUUGCCAAUAAUUAUUUUUUUUAUUAUUGUUUGGGUUUCAAAAAACAAAAUCAAGAUGUUUGGUACUUGUGAAGUUUUUUCAGGCAAGAAAAAAAUAUCCGUUUGUAAAAUUGUAUAGUUAGUUUAAUUGAUUUGUGUGAUAAUAGAAACAAUAAUUUCCAAUGAAAGUACUCAGUAAUAGGUUUUAGGUAGCAUUCUUGUAAUUGAAAAUCUCCCACUGAUUGUAUUUUGGUUCUAUAUUAGGGGUUGGGCUAAAGAUUGAAAGAAAUGUACUAUAAACAAAAUUGCACCAUAAACAGGAUGUGAAACGUAAUGCUCCAAGACCUCUUUUAUUUACAUGAAAUGUAUUUAGAAAUGGACAUAUAAAUACUAAAUGUUAUAUUGUAAAUAGAGUUUCACCUUAUAAUUUACAAAUAUUCUGUAUAAUAAGAGUGAUGUUACUUAACGUGUGAAAUGUAAAUCAAUUCAUCAGUAUGUUAAGCUUGAAACAAAGUAAAGAUAGCGGCAGAUUUUAAGAAUAAUUAACACCUUUUAAUGCAGGAUCAAUGUUUCACAAGUUAAACAAUUUCACUCAACACUAGAACAAUAGAUUUGUAGAAAUUAAUCCAUAUAGAAUAAAUGAACUAUUUUUCAUACUUUUA